GGGCGCUCUCUUCCCGCGCGGGGGCACCAGAGCCCUCGGAAGUGUGAGGCACUGCGGUGCAUUUUCCCAGUUCCCUUUCAAAUGACUGCGGAAAAACAGACUCUCCGAGCCGCAAAUGGGAAGACGGAUUCUCAGACAAGGCUUGCGAAUGCCCCGCAGCCAUCAUUUAACUGCGCCCGCAGAGCAGUUACGGUUUGUCACCCGACCCUCCCGGAUCGCCUCAUUUGUCCCUAGUGAGAUCCCGAGGCUCUGCCCGCGCCGGGCUUCUCAGUAGCUGGAUGUAUGACGUGCUCCGGGCAGCGCGGGCGCAGGGCACGCGUUCGCGCACACCCGCGCACACACGAAAAGGCGCAAGAGCUGAACCGAGACCGGUUUCCAUUUCAAAAAAGGAGACGGCCUCUACUGCGUUAUUAGAAGAGACCGUGGUGUGUAGGGACUGGGAGGCGUCAGAGCGGAGCAACGGUUCAUCUCAGAGACUAAUUUUCUGGAGUUUCUGCCCCUGCUCUGCGUCAGCCCUCACGUCACUUCACCAGCAGUAGCAGAGGCGGCGGCGGCGGCGGCGGCGGCUCCCGGAAUUGGGUUGGAGCAGGAGCCUCGCUCGCUCCUUCGCUCGCGCUCUCCGAGCUCCGUGCCCAGCGGCAGGAGGAGCCUGGACCCAGGCGCCGCCGGCGGGCGGUAGGUGCCAGAGCCCGGCCCCGAGGUGCGUCCCGGAUCUCAGCGCGAGUCUAGCCAGGAGCCUGGGCCCCAGAGCGUCCCGGGAGCGCCGCGGGCCGGUGCUCGGCUCGCCGGGCCAUGCAGCGGCGGCCGCGGCGGAGCCCCGAGCGGCGGUAGCGCCCCCUGUGAGGAGGCCCGGGAUGCCCUUGCCACUGUGAACGGUGCCGUCCGCCAGGACACGCUCAACCCCGGACACGCUCGGCUCUGCACCCCUGAGACGAGCACCAAGAGGAGACAGCGGCGAGCGGGGCAAAGGCCACCCAGCACCGGCAGGGGAGGCCGACCGGUGCCGCGCAGGGACACGUACUCAGUCUGACUCGGGCUGGCACUGGUGGCUAGGAAUGUCGUCCUGGACGAGGUGGCAUGGGCCCGCCAUGGCGCAGCUCUGGGGCUUCUGCUGGCUGGUCGUGGGCUUCUGGAGGGCCGCUCUUGCCUGUCCCACAUCCUGCAAAUGCAGCGCCUCUCGGAUCUGGUGCAGCGACCCUUUUCCUGGCAUCGUGGCAUUUCCGAGGCUGGAGUCUACCAGUGCAGACCCCGAGAACAUCACCGAAAUUUACAUUGCAAAUCAGAAAAGAUUAGAAAUCAUCAACGAAGAUGAUAUUGAAGCUUAUGUGGGACUGAAAAACCUGACCAUUGUGGAUUCCGGAUUGAAAUUUGUAGCUCAUAAAGCAUUUCUGAAAAACAGCAACUUACAGCACAUCAAUUUUACCAGAAAUAAACUGACGGUAUUGUCUAGGAAACAUUUUCGUCACCUUGACUUGUCUGAGCUGAUCCUGGUGGGCAACCCAUUUACAUGCUCCUGUGACAUUAUGUGGAUUAAGACUCUUCAGGAGACUAAACCCAGUCCAGAAACUCAGGACUUGUACUGCCUCGAUGAAAACAGCAAGAAUAUUUCCCUGGCAAACCUGCAGAUAUCCCAUUGUGGUUUGCCAUCAGCAAAUUUGGCUGCACCUAACCUCACUGUGGAGGAGGGAAAGUCUAUCACAUUAACUUGUAGUGUUGCAGGCGAUCCAGUUCCGAAUUUGUACUGGGAUGUUGGUAAUCUGGUUUCCAAGCAUAUGAAUGAAACAAGCCACACACAGGGCUCCUUAAGGAUAACUAACGUUUCAUCUGAUGACAGUGGAAAGCAAAUCUCUUGUGUGGCAGAAAAUCUUGUAGGAGAAGAUCAAGAUUCUGUCAACCUCACUGUACAUUUUGCUCCAACUAUCACAUUUCUCGAAUCUCCAACCUCAGACCACCACUGGUGCAUUCCAUUCACUGUGAAAGGCAACCCCAAACCAGCGCUUCAGUGGUUCUAUAAUGGGGCAAUUUUGAAUGAAUCCAAAUACAUCUGUACUAAAAUCCAUGUUACCAAUCACACGGAGUACCACGGCUGCCUCCAGCUGGAUAAUCCCACUCACAUGAAUAAUGGGGACUACAAGUUAGUAGCCAAGAAUGAGUAUGGGAAGGAUGAGAAACAGAUUUCUGCUCACUUCAUGGGCUGGCCUGGAAUCGAUGAUGGUGCAAACCCAAAUUAUCCUGAUGUAAUUUAUGAAGAUUACGGGACUGCGGCAAAUGACAUUGGGGACACCACGAACAGAAGUAAUGAAAUCCCUUCCACAGAUGUUGCUGACAAAACCGGUCGGGAACAUCUCUCGGUCUAUGCUGUGGUGGUAAUUGCAUCUGUAGUAGGAUUUUGUCUGCUGGUAAUGCUGUUUCUGCUGAAGUUGGCAAGACACUCCAAGUUUGGCAUGAAAGGCCCAGCCUCAGUUAUCAGCAAUGAUGAUGACUCUGCCAGCCCACUCCAUCACAUCUCCAAUGGGAGUAACACUCCGUCGUCUUCAGAGGGUGGCCCUGAUGCUGUCAUUAUUGGAAUGACCAAGAUUCCUGUCAUUGAAAAUCCCCAGUACUUUGGCAUCACCAAUAGUCAGCUCAAGCCAGACACAUUUGUUCAGCACAUCAAGCGACAUAACAUUGUUCUGAAAAGGGAGCUAGGCGAAGGAGCCUUUGGAAAAGUUUUCCUAGCCGAAUGCUAUAACCUCUGUCCUGAGCAGGACAAGAUCUUGGUGGCAGUGAAGACGCUGAAGGAUGCCAGCGACAAUGCACGCAAGGACUUCCACCGCGAGGCUGAGCUGCUGACCAACCUCCAGCACGAACACAUCGUCAAGUUCUAUGGCGUCUGCGUGGAGGGUGACCCACUCAUCAUGGUCUUUGAGUACAUGAAGCACGGGGACCUCAACAAGUUCCUCAGGGCGCACGGACCUGAUGCCGUGCUGAUGGCCGAGGGCAACCCGCCGACGGAGCUGACGCAGUCACAGAUGCUGCACAUCGCCCAGCAGAUCGCUGCGGGCAUGGUCUACCUGGCGUCCCAGCACUUCGUGCACCGAGACCUGGCCACCCGAAACUGCCUGGUGGGCGAAAACCUCUUGGUGAAAAUCGGGGACUUCGGCAUGUCCCGGGACGUGUACAGCACUGACUACUACAGGGUCGGUGGCCACACGAUGCUGCCCAUUCGCUGGAUGCCUCCAGAGAGCAUCAUGUACAGGAAGUUCACCACCGAAAGUGACGUCUGGAGCCUGGGGGUCGUGUUGUGGGAGAUCUUCACCUAUGGCAAACAGCCCUGGUACCAGCUGUCAAACAAUGAGGUGAUAGAAUGCAUCACUCAAGGCCGAGUCUUGCAGCGACCUCGAACGUGCCCCCAGGAAGUCUAUGAGCUGAUGCUGGGGUGCUGGCAGCGAGAGCCCCACAUGAGGAAGAACAUCAAGGGCAUCCACACCCUCCUUCAGAACUUGGCCAAGGCAUCUCCGGUCUACCUGGAUAUACUAGGCUAGGGCCCUUUCCCCCAGACCGAUCCUUCCCAAAGCACCUCCUCAGUUGGGCCGAGAGGAUGAACGUCUUUUAACUGCCGCUGGAUGCCGUCAAUCUGCUGUUCUUCGCUCUGACAGUAUUAACUACAAAGACACCGAGAAGCUUUCCGAGGGAAGCAAUGUGUACUUCUCCAUCCGUAGACACAGUAUGGACUUCUUUUUGGCAUUAUCUCUUUCUCUCUUUCCAUCUCCCUUGGUUUAUUCCCUAGUUUUUUUUUGUUUGUUUUUCUUUCCUUUAUUUUUUGUCUUCCCUGCUUCACAAUCCUCACCCUUUCCUUUUUAAUCAAUCUGGCUUCUGCAUUACUAUUAACUCUGCAUAGACAAAGGCCUUAACAAACCUAAUUUGUUAUAUCAGCAGACACUCCGGUUUGCCCACCACAACUAACAAUGCCUUGUUGUAUUCCUGCCUUUGAUGUGGAUGAAAAAAAGGGAAAACAAAUAUUUGACUUAAACUUUGUCACUUCUGCUGUACAGACAUCGAGAGUUUCUAUGGAUUCACUUCUAUUUAUUUAUUAUUAUUACUGUUCUUAUUGUUUGGGAUGGCUUAAGCCUGUGUAUGAAAAAGGAAAACUUGUGUUCAAUCUGGGAAGCCUUUAUCUUUGGGAGAUUAAAACCAGAGAGAGAGAAGAUUUAUUAUAAACCGCAGUAUGGGAAGAACAAAGACAACCAUUGAGAUCAGCUGGCGUCAGUCCCAACUUAAGAAAACCCAGCGACUGUUAGCUGGGAACAAUGUAUUCGGCACCUUCCCCCGAGGACAUUUCUGAGGAGUAAAAAGACUGUUGAACUCUGUGCCAUGGACUAUUCUUUUCCCAUCACCGGAAACACUAGAGUGUAGUACAGAGAAAAGAUGGCUUCCGGGAGGUAAGAUGGCACAUCACACGUUCCGACAGUCUUGUCUUUGUAGGCCACGGUGAUGGCACUGGUUUGUUUUUCCAAGUGUUAUCCACUGAGCCUGUGUCAAGUUCAGUUGAAAGGAGGUGGAUUCUUGUCCAGCGAUCAUUUCAGGGUCAGGUGGGAAAGCCAAGGACUUGGAAAAGAUAGGACAAGCUCUAAAUUUGGAGGCAAGUUUCUCUUACAUUGAACUUUUCAGAUAGCACUUCCUUCCAACCCCUAGCCUCCACCCCACCCGUCCUUUUAACUGUGCAAGCAAAACUGUGCAUGGUCUUUGUCGAUAAAAAUAUCUUGUGUGCAGAAACUACCGCUCCAGACGUCGUGCCCCAGAUAUGUAGAGCAGAUCCAUAAAAGGCAUAACUUAUAUAAUUAGGGGAAGCUAAUGGAAUUCAUCAGCUGAGCAUAAAUGUCUCUGGGUCGUAUGGUGGCGAUGGGUUUUAACAAAUAUGGACCCUGAAACCUGGCUAUCCUCAACCAUGUCACACCCACUGUGGCCCUGUGAGAAGGGCAAAAUCAACCCCCAAGGGACAGGAGACCUCACCCACCCUGGGGGUAUCACAGGCAUUGAUGUUCAGUGUACACAGGCCGAGACCUUGCUCUGGGCUCUGGUUGGGAGAGUGGUCGCAUUCUAAAUGUACUCCAUUGUCAAUAUGCUGUUUUGUUUUUUUCACUGCAUUUUAAAAGAAAGUAAAAACAAAAACUUAGGCACAGCAUACCCAUGGGACACUGUGCCCAGGCCAAGCUUUGGAGGUGUGCUUCUGGGCAUAGCCACGGGUUUUGCGAAAAGAGGUUGUAAAUUUAAAUAGAAAUUUACAGUUAUCUGGGUGAUCAGUUAUACCAAGGAAGAAACAUUUUUCUGUUCCUCAAGAAAACUUGCUACCCUCUGUGAGGGGAAUUUUGCUAACUCGACAUCUUUAUAACACGAGCCAGAUUGAAAGGGAGUGAUUUGAAUUCAACUUAGGUCAUUUUAUUUCAUAUUUGUUUCUGAAGGUGCAAUUGCUCUGUUUAAGUUUUGCUUGUGCCCUUAGUUACUGAAGCACCUUAUUUUCCAUUCUAGACAUUGAAAGCCAGUUCUCAAAACAUCAAAAGUGUCCAUUAACAGAGAACAAAAGGAAAUCCAGUAGCAUCUGCUGUCAAGUGAAGGGGGUUGGACAAGGCGAUGCCCAUAGUCCUUUCAGGUUCUGCGCUGCCUAUGAGACAUGGGAGUUGAAUUGUUCUCUUUGUCGGUGACCAAAAACCCUCCAGAACACACAUAAUAAUAUAACGAAAGCCAUAUCUCCAUGAUAUAUACCUGCACGUAUAUAUCCCAUUAAGGGCCCAUGGUACUGUUAAAACACUGUGGCACCCUGUGAAGCAGUAAGAAGAAGCAGAUUUGUACAGAACUUUUCUAGAUUCCAUCAGUGAUGACCUGAAAACCUACACAGGUUUGUUAUUCUGUGCGACUGGCCAGCUGCUCUGGGGGAAGAAGCUGCAAGUUACUUGUUUUAUUUUAACAGAGAGCAAAGGAGGUAAUACUCUAAGGGAUCAAAUUCAAGGAGGGCUGUGCAGUUUUAGAGCAAGGAUUUGUUUAAAGCAGAUGAGAGGAUGGGAGCAUUCCCUUCCCCUUCCAGUGUUGUGUUUUCCUCUGAAGGAAAAAAGAAAAAAAAAAAAAUUUCUCUUUACCUUCUGACAAGUCCCUCAAGGUCUUGAAAUGAAAGGUUCUAUGCAAGUGCAAAGUUUUAUAGUUAUUUAUAUUGCUGAUUAUUAUUCAUUUUUUCCCUCUGUUGUCUCAAGCGUAUGUACUGAUCACAGAGACGUCUCGCAUUGAAAGAAUCCCAGAUUGCUUUUAAGGUAACCGAAUGAACCACAGACUGUCUUCAAGUCUCCAUCCCUGUUCCUCCACAAUCUCCUCUUCUCAUGCUCUUGUAAUAUUUAGAAAAGGGUCAUCCUCAUUCUGCAGUGUAAAGAUCACAGAGUAGGGCCUGCCAUCAGAUUCAUUAAGAACUACGACAGGAGCGGCGACAAACCUAAUUCUCUAGCCUGAACUCAUCCUGACAGCUGCUUCCAUUUAUACGUUGUUUAAGAGUUUCCCAAACACUUUUCACAUAUGUUGGCAAAUUAGUCCCAUUUUUUUAAAGGUGAGGAAAUUGAGAGUUGGAGAAGUUAAAUGGCAUGCUAGUAUUCUCCAGGCACCUCUGGGACUUAAUCUAGGUACUCUGACUCUGAUGUUCAUGAUUUGGUCCACUAGAGACCCUAAUAUAUACACAAGCAGUCCAGGAGAGAAAGCACGCUUAACCAAUUCAUGAAGCAGGAUAUGAAGUUAGAAGAGCAAAAUGAAAUAUGUGAGAUGCAAGCAGCUGAGAUCUCAUGACAUAUAAUGAUGCUCAUAGCUUCAGCGAAAUCUUUGUACAAUGAACCAGUGUCAUAAUCAGGCUUAUUUAGAAGACAUUUUGAACUAUGCUAUAAAAGACUAUAUCAGAAUUCACAUUAUAUGUUCACAUCGCUCCCUGUGGUAUUUCCAUGUAUUUAUAUGUGUGUUAUAAAUACUAGAUUUAUACAUAGACAAACACACGUGCAUAGUGUGUUUGUGAGCUUAUGUAUAAAUUUAUAGGCACACAGUAAUAGAGAUAAUUAUAAGUAGGGUGCAGUAUGAAUAAUUUGCUUAAAAUCUGCUAAAUAACCAAAACUUUUUUAAUGUCAUGUUGCUGUUCAUGCUUCCUUUCUCCAUGUGGGUAGGACCCCAUCACACUUUUCGACUCUCUGCAAUACUGCAUGGGUGGAAGACAUAUUUAAGAUAAUGUGCUUCCCAAACACAUUAUCACAAAACAACUAAAUCAAACCCAUCCCACUACAUUGAGUCCUUCCUCUGGCUCCCUGCAAAGGAAAAUGCAGCCGGAAAUAUAUCUCCUUAUGUAAAGGUCCAGAAAAGGAAAACUGAUUUUUUUUUUUAAAUCCUUUUGCACAUUUAUUUGUAUUAUGCUCACCUGUCCCACUGUGACCCCUUUACACUCGUGUUCAGAGUCCAAGCAUUCCAGAAGAGAACUGGGCUGUUGGGAGCCCAGUGUCUUGAAGGCCAAAGGUGAGAAUCCAAGACUCCACUGUGAGGCGAGUGACUCUUAGGAAUUCCCACAUCCUAGCGGAAUGCAAGAGGCAGCAGUGUCAAAUGCUGGCCUUUGCAAAGAGCCAUGACAACAGGAUCCCCUGUUGUCAGGGGAUAGAAGUCAGGAAUAGACUUCUUUUUUUUAAACUUGCCCUUUUGUAAAUUGGACCUUCUAUAAUGCCAAUAGCAUUAAAUUGUGUAUCUAAUUAAAUAAAUGACUGCAGACACACAUAGUCUCAAUUCCCUUGCUCUUUCUUUUCUUUUUUUCCCAUUUGAGGACUUUUGUUUCCAGUGUGGAGCUUCGGUUUGGCCCUAUAUCACUGCUACAGAAAAUCUCACUAGGGGGAUGGCCAGUGACCCACCUACUCAGGUGGCUAAGUGAGCAAUUAAAGCAGUUUCCUCACAAUUCGUAAUGGUGGGAUGCUGAGACUCCGAGGUUGAGACAGCAAAUGAUAUUCUAAAGAAUUUACGGUGGAAGGGAUUUGUAGCAAAAUAUGACAGCAUAUGAAGGGGUAUUUUCUCGUUUGUCAGGGCUGGAAUGAAUCACUGCUGCUAUAAGUCAAAGGUUCUCGAAUAUCCUUAAUUUUUGUAUUUAUUUCCUUUUUUUUCUUUUA